AUGUUUCGUGGACGAUUUGAUCAAGCUUCAUCUCAUGUUCAAUGGAUGGUUAUUCGUAGUAAUUCAUCAUUUUUACAUAAACGAAAAUUGGGCACAUUUACAACAGAACCAAAUAAUUUAAAAAAUCGUAAUAAUUUUCGUUUCAAUGGUCUUAUUCAUCCAAAAGUAGUUGGUGUUCAAGCUGUUACAAAUGGUAAAGGUGUUGUUUUUACAACAGGCAGUACUAAAAAUGUAAGAAAACCCGCCAAACGUUUUCGUAAGGUUAAACUUACUAAAGACUCACGUCGUACAUUAACAAGUAUCAGACGAACAAUCCGUAAACAACGUUAUCGUAAAGAUCUUAAAAUGGCUGCACUUCGUCGAGCUUCUGCAUUACUUCGUGGUCAACGAUUAGCUUUAACUACACCAACAACAACAGCUACUACUGGUAAACGUUCAGGCAAAACUGCUACUACUACAACAACAACAUCAUCAUAA